UUUCAGAAAUAGAUUGACGGGCUGGUUUUGGUUCCGGAGUCGUCGUGCCGUGAGAACUGAGUACGUUUAUUCUUCAAGGGAGGGCGCUUGACAGUACCGCAACUCGUUGUCGCAAAUGAGUGCACCAAGGAGGUGGCUGAUGCGCGUGUGGUCCGGGAGGCACUACGUUGGGUGUGACCUUCAGGGGAACAGGUUCUUUGAGUACCCCCCUUUACAGGAAGGGUCGCCGCGUACGAGGAGAGUAGUCAAAUAUGCACGUCGGCCUGACAUGUUUGAGUACGCUUCUGGAAUAGCAAGAUUGCCAGUUCAGUGGACGGCGUGGAUGGCUCAUACCCGAAUGCACCCACCAACUGUUGAGGAACUGCAAGUUGAUCUCUCCCGGAGACAACGAAUAGCCGACUUUUCAGCCAGGAUCGAAGCCCGUGACAAGGAAGAACGUGUUCGUCAGAUCGAAGCCGCACGUUUCUUACAGCACACACCGUCGCCAUCCCUUCUCGAUAUGUCCACUCAGGAAGCUCUACAAAGCGAGGAACAUCCAAAUGACAUGACCCCAAUCGGUUACAGCUCCCACCGGAUGAAACCUUCACCUGACGCUCCUAGUUUGGCACAUCAGGUCGCGUCAGGAUCGAAUCCGAAGAUCGCAGAAUCUUCUGGGCAGUAUUACCAGGAAGGGCCGCACACUGCCGAUGAGGCUCAACCAUGGAAACCCAAAACCCUCAGAAGGGGGAAAAAUGCUUGAAAUGGUUUGCAAGAGAAUCUCAUCCGUUUUUCCAUUUCCGGCAUAAUCAGCAUCAACGGAAGACGGAUUCCGUGGGCGUACUUUGAAUGCUAAUGUUUGUAUUGUAUGUAUGCACUUCUCAAUGACCAUUUGUCUCCAUCACUUCCGC